AUGCAGACGAAGCAGGUGGUCGAGACGAGCCCCGAUGAGAGGUUCGUCAGGUACAGAGACAUCAUAGGCCGAGGCGCCGCGAAGAUAGUGUACAGAGGCUACGAUAGAGAGGCCGGAAAAGAGGUGGCAUGGUACAAGGUUCACCUGGACCACAUCGAACUGACCAAGAGGGUCGAGACCGAGAUCAGAAAGGAGUUCGACAUGCUCACACGGAUAAAAUCACCCUACGUCCUGAAACUCAUCGCGUUUUGGUUGGACUCUCAUGAGUACGACAAGGUCGAUGUCAUAUGCGAGCUGUUCUAUGCCGGAAGCCUGAAAUCCUUCAUCCGUGCGAAUGGGCUGCCGUCGGACGCGCUGAUAAGGCGAUGGGGCCGGCAGAUACUGCUGGGCAUUCGGUACCUCCACUGCGAGGCCGCCGAGACCCCGAUCAUUCACCGCGACCUCAAAUGCGAUAACGUGUUCAUACACGGACACACCGGGCGCGUGAAGAUCGGGGACUUGGGUUCCGCCACGAUCUCGGCCAUCGACGGGCCGAUGAUGUCCAUCGUGGGCACGCCCAACUUCAUGGCUCCCGAGGUCUUCGACGCGAUGUCGAGGGCUGUGCUCGCGCCGAGGGAGCUCGGCAACAGGGCGAGGCGCAUAGCGGAGACGACGGUCUUCGGCGUCGAGCUCCUCGCGCGCAUAAAGUGGCAGACGGACCGGCAGCAGCUCGGGAGGUGGAUGCGUACGCAGGCUUAG